AUGGAGCCUCAAAACCCAACAGUAUCCUUGUCCCUGGACUCCAUAACCGACAAGCUGGCCAUGCUCCUGCCAUGUGAUGACAACACCUGCUGCUGCAUUCCUCGGAAGAGCACUGUCAUCGUCAUAUCUAUCAUAAACUUUCUGGGCUGCAUGAUGGACCUGAUGUCGAGCGACACGUGCAUGCACGUGUACUGCGAGAUGCGUGAACUUGCCGACUCACUGCGCAAGCUGCUCGUCACGCUGUUCCAGAUGGCCAACCUGCUGCUGCUGCUGGCUUCGGUCUUUGAGAACGCGCUACUGGUAGACAUCUACGUGUGGUACACGCUGGGCUACAUCGUGAUGGGGCUGGUGGUGGCCAUCUACGAGUUCGUGGUCAAGACCAAGCGCGACGGCAUCCGGAGCCUCGUCACCUUCGUGCCUGAAGUCGUGUUCUUGUUCGUCGUGUUCAGGUGCCUCCCCCUGGUGGAUUUGUACAGACGUCACCUGUACAGCGCCGCGGCCGCAGCGCCCCCUCUGACCCCUCCCCCUCCUGGCGUGCCCCCCACCCCCGCUCCUACAGUCGCGCCUCCUGUUCCUAAGAAAUAA